GUGUAAUGUAGCUAUGAUGUCCGCAGAUGCCCCCGAAGAUCCACGCAAGACCUUGACGAAGCGUAAAGUCAAUCUAUUCGAAGCGUUUGCGGUUGAUAGCGGUUUGUUUAAACGUACGCUCUUCACCUAUAUUGAUACCAAUGAGCGAGCAUGGGCCGGCGAGGCCUUGGAAAUACGGAAAUUCGAUCUGACCGACGCAGACCUUCGGAAGAAUCUGCGAGAAGUUCCUGAUCACGAUGCGUUCCCUAAGAUGGACCAAGGUGUCACUCUACUACCCCAACAUGCUGAUAUCACCAAGCUGUUCCUGAAGCGUCCACAGAUACAUUGUUUGCUAAGGGAAUUUGGUGGAAGCAUCGUUCCGCAGAUGUUUCGGGAAGAGGUUCAGGUGUUGGAAUUCCUGGCUCAACAUCCGCAUCCUAAUAUUGUGCCUUACCACGGCUGCGUGGUCAAAAGGGGAUACAUAACUGGCAUCGCUCUUACCCGAUACCAAAAGAUCCUGGAUCAUCGAUUCCACGACGACGCGUCGGGACUCGAUCUUGAUCGAUUUGAACGCAAAUGUCAAGAUGCUAUCAAGCAUAUCCAUGCCCUUGGCCUCGCUCACAAUGACCUCAAUCCUUCCAACAUUGCACUCGACAGUAAUGAUGAUCCAAUCCUCAUCGAUUGGGGAUCGUGCAAAGAAUUUGGUGGAUCCCUUCUAUCAGCUGGGACACCCGGCUGGAUAGAUGAUGACUUUGAUAUAUCUAGGAAAGAGCAUGAUCUUUCGGCACUAGAUAAGAUAAUGGCGUGGAUGAAGGUGGAGAAGGCGAAGUGUACCGAACGUUGAAGUAGAACAUCUCUUCAUUUAGAUGUGGCUGAAGUCUGCUUGACCAAAACGUGCUAGCCGUACCUUAAACAUCCUUUUCGAACCCGAGCGCCUCACAA